CAUGCUUAAACCCUAGAAAAUGAUAAAAUCUUGAGGCGCCACUCUCACAUUCAACUCUGAACUCUUUAUAUAUUUUCUUCUCACCUCAACUCUCACUCUAUCCUAUCAAUCAAAUUCAUACAAUGAGACCACCAAGAGGGCGUGGCGGCGGCGGCGGCUUUAGAGGCGGAAGAGACGGUGGUCGUGGUUUCGGUGGCGGCCGUGGAAGAGGCGGCGGCGGACGUUUCGGCGGUGGUGGUGGCCGUGGUUUUCAAGAUGAAGGCCCUCCUGCUGAAGUCGUAGAGGUUGCUUCAUUUGUACAUGCUUGCGAAGGUGAUGCUGUCACGAAGCUAACUAACGAGAAAAUACCCUAUUUUAAUGCCCCUAUUUAUCUCGAGAACAAGACCCAAAUCGGAAAAGUUGAUGAAAUUUUCGGUCCAAUUAAUGAAUCUUUUUUCUCGGUUAAAAUGAUGGAAGGAAUUGUAGCUACUUCUUACUCAGCUGGGGAUAAGUUUUUCAUCGACCCAUAUAAGCUUUUGCCUCUGUCCAGAUUUCUUCCGCAGCCAAAGGGACAAGCAUCAGCUGGUGGUAGAGGUGGAGGUCGUGGAGGGGGAAGAGGGGGUGGACGAGGAUUUAGUCGUGGAGGAGGUGGUGGUUUUCGUGGAAGGGGUGCUCCGAGAGGUGGGCGAGGAGGUGGCUUCAGAGGUGCAAGUCGUGGUGGAGGAGGUUUCAGGGGAAGAGGGAGAUCGUAGAGUAUUUGUAUUCUGUUUGUGCUUGUUUAAGUGAUCUUUUCUGGAUACACAAUUUAGCGCUUAUUAUGUGUUAGUACUGAUUUUGUUAUGUGACCGGCUUCUGUAAUACCAAAAGCCUUGAUUGUUUUUACAAUGUAAGGUAUCAUCCUAGUUCCCAGACCUUAGAUUGUCUCGUAGAUGUAGAUAUCUACUAGUAUGGGUGCCUUAAUGAUUUCAUCAGAAAGGAACAUACCUUGGCAUGACCCAUUAUUGUAUGAAGUCUACAUUAAGUUGAGCUUUAUAUCUUAUAUAAGACUAUUUAUUUUUGUUGCUUUA